UUCGGGGCGCCGUGGAGCCGCACACCGAGCCUCUGCCUGCGCAGGAAAGGUUUCGCUGGAGGUUGGGGGUUUUCCAGCAAUAGACUGCCUGAUAACACUAACGUGAAUGGAUUUAGUGGUUAAAGGAGUUGCUGCUGCUUCUAGGAGCCAAAUUCCACCAUUCUCUGGAGGAAAGAAGCCUCUACAACAGGAGUGGACUUCUGAAUCAUGGGCAGUCCAUAAUUCCCGCCCACCAGUGGUUCCACGACUUGAUUUGGGAAGUCUUGUUGACUCUGAUGAUGAGGAUGAUUUUUCACAUAUUCCACUUAGUGCAGCACAGAUACAUUUUAACCCCCCAAAUUCAUCGUCUACUCUUGGUUGGGUCACCCCACGUCAGAUACCAUUUGCUCAGCAUCAUCGAAAUGAACUGGAGGAAGAUGUAAAACCUGAAAACUUGCCAGCACGAACAGGCAAAUACAAACUAAAAUAUCAGCAGUAUGAAAAUGAAAUGAGAGAUGGAUAUAAGCAAUUUAGUCAGAGAAAUGCAGAAAAGACCAUAUCAAAUACUGCUCAUCAACAAUCCCCAGAAAAUAAGACAGAUGAAAAGUGUGUACAAGGUGAAGCAGCCGACACGGACGACGUCACAACUGUGGACAGGAAAGUCCUCUUACAGCAGGGCUACGUGUACCCUUACGGUACUCAACAGAGUACAAGAAAAUUGGAUGCAGAAAUUGUGGCUGCAGAGAAGAAAAAGCAGGCAGUUGCAGAGCAAGUGAUGAUAGACCACUUAUCGAGGGCUGUAAUCAGUGAUCCAGAACAAAAUAUAACCAUUGAGAAGAAAGAAAGUGCUUGUGCCCUUCCAGAUUCAAAGAUCUCCCCUCCUCGAUGUAGGAAAAGGACGCUGCAUGAAACAAAGAUAAGAACCCAUUCUACGUUAACUGAAAAUGUGCUUUCUCAUAAAGUACAAUUUGAGGGUAGGAUCAUAUCAAGAAAUGGACGCGAUGCUUGUAGAGAGCUGAUUGGGUUCUUUUUUACUUAUGACCAAUCCCUUACAGUUUAUGAAUAUCGACAAUUUGGGAAAAAUAGAACAAAUGUACUCCCUUUUAUUCAAAAAAGCGUUUAUAAUCAUCAGUGUGGACGAAGAAAAGGAAAACAGUACGAGCUUGGUGAUUUUUAUGUUGGUGCAAGCUUGACAUUUUUGAGUUCUGAUAAUCCCAGCCUUCCAGAAAGCAUUAAAGCAAACACAUUGCUUACACUACGGAUCACAAAUAUUGAUCAAACAGCUUUGUAUUCUUUCAAAACUGCUUCUGUAGAACAGGAAGAUGGUAUAAUCAGUGAGGAAGCCAACGAUAGGCUGGUCAUCAAAGCCAUUCAAGAUGUGCUAAAAGAAAAACUACAUAAAAGAGGAGUUCGAAUUUUGACUGGAUUGGGAAAAUACUUUAAACAAUUGGACAAGGAAGGAAGUGGACUUUUAGAUAAAGCAGAUUUUCAGCAAGCUCUAAAAGUAUUUCACUUAGAAGUGUCUGAAAAGGAUUUUGAGUCUCUAUGGUUAAUUCUGAAUGUCCACGGUAACAGCAAAGUUGAUUACGGAGAAUUCAAACGUGUCCUUUUUGGUGAAAUGAAUGAAUACAGGAAAUCAUUUGUUCGAAAGGCCUUUAUGAAACUAGACUUCAACAAAACUGGAAGCGUGCCUUUGAUAGUCAUAAGAAAAUGUUAUUGUGCAAAGAAGCAUUCCAAAGUACUUUCAGGCCAUUCCACAGAGGAAGAAAUCAAAUCAUCUUUUCUAGAAACAUUGAAACAUGCCUGCAGCAAACCUGAUGAAGUGUCAUAUGGAGAAUUUGAAGAUUACUACGAAGGGUUAAGUAUUGGGAUAGGAGCUGAUGAAGAUUUUGCUAACAUCUUACGUACUCCAUGGGGGAUUUAGUUUUUAAUAAUGCAUAUGUCAUCAGCCCUCUGUGUUCUAUUGAGGGAUAAAUGUGAAGUAUGAUGAAACACUAGAGAAUAUAUUUUCUUUAGAUUUCCUUUUAUAUUUUUUCUCAAAAAAUUUUUACUCCAGAAUGAGAAACAUUCAGAAAGAUAAAUGUAGGUGUGAGUGUGUGUGUGCGUCUCCGCACACAUAGAAAAUAUUUCUGUAAGUUUGUAAAGAUAGGUCUGUAACUUUGUAAAGACGGGUCUUGGUUUAUUAUGUAUCUCAAACAUAUUUUAGAAGUCCCUUUUUUUUUAGCUUCAAUAAGAAAGUUACAUCAGCAUCAGAAUAUAUGAGAGCACCUAUAUAGUAAUCAAGCUGCUUUUCCUUUCAUAUUGUUUGUUUGUUUUGUUACCCCUUCCUCAGAAUGUAAUUGCCAGCGUUUCCAAUCUGAUGAAUUAGAAUUGGGCCCAAAGCUGAUGAGGCUGAAAUAGUUCAACAUGUUUUAAAUAUAGGAAAAUGUUAAAGGAAUUAAAGGAUGUGAAAGUGAUAUUUUUCAAGCAGUGUGAUUAUAGGUGGUUUUUGUAUUUUGAAUAUUUAGAAUGAUGAGGAUAAAUCCCUACAAUGUCCAUUUAAACAUUGACUUGUCUUAUACGUUUUUAUCUUCUAAAUUAUGUAUUUAUUCAAUAGAGCACAAUGUAGUUAUUCUGGUGACCAGUUUUGAUCUUUCUUUAUUCUCUUUUUUUUUUAAAGCAACACUUUUCACCAACAUAGAAUUAUUCAGCUAGAAACAAUAUAAAGGGGAAAUGUUCUUAAGAUCAUGAAAAGUGUAUUAUUUUUGUAAUUUUUACCCAGAAUGUAAAAGCCUAUUUUGUGUCCUGAAAUCAACAUAUGUUAUUCUAAACACCACUUUUUGGUAUACCAAACAACCAAAUCAUUUCCUUCUAAAUAUGCAUUAUUAAUGUUUAAGCAUAUUAUAGUCAUUCUUUCCAAAUUAUUUAUUUCUUGUCCCUGGGAAUACAGAUAAGAGAAAACUUUAUGAGUUGUUUACAAAUUCAUAAUUUUAAUAUGUUAAUAUAAAUUAGAAAAAAUAAAUGGUUCAAAAAUCAAAAUAUACACUUUGUAGAAUAUGACUUUAAACAUAUCAGUUUAUCUAUCUAUACUUGGCAGAACUAUCAGAGGUAUGAUACACGUGAGCCCAAUACAUUCAGAGUUGUAUUUUUUAAGAUUUAAAGAGGUACUAUAGCAUUGUACUAAAAUAUCAGAAAGAAAAAAAUGUAUAAAACUCUUAGUGCUACUCUCACUGGCUUAAUUAUCUAUUUUGUAGCAUUUUCUCAGAUUGUUGAAAUUAAACAAUAUGCUAGAAGAAUUUUUGGGAGAAAUUAGUCUAUAACUCUAUUGCUAAGUCAUAUUCACCUGAUGAAUCUGAAUAAGUCAUAUUCAUCUUAUGAAUAUAGAAAGAUUCAUCUAACCUUCUUAAACUCUACAAAUUGUUCUUGUGUUAAAAUGACUGACACUAUGGGUGUUCAAAAUUCAUAUAGUAUUUUUCACUAAGAAAUGUUUAUUUAGUUCUCCUUAACAAAAACUUAUUCUUACUGUGGGUACAUCGUAUAUUCUUAUGAAUAUUAUCAGAAAACAUAUAGGCUGUUAUAUUGUUAAAAAAAUAGAGGUACUUCUGGAACUCAUUAUGUUAACAUGGCAGAAUGCUCUUGUUAUUAACUUUUAUCAUCUUAACAUAAUAUUGAAAUGCAGCUAUUUGUAGGACACACCUCUACUUCUGAGAUGUAACUUUUUUGCAGUUAUUUUCUUAUUAUUUUACAUCAUUGUUUCCGUAUAGAGUUAGAAAAUAUAUAAUCAAUUUUUUGUUGUUGUUAGAAUCAGUGACAA